AGGACUUUUAUUUUGACACAUUUCGUAGCACUCCUAGCCGGAAAUACUGCUUUUCUGUUGCAUUUGUCCCGACUUUACACGCUGACUGCAGUCGUUUGUUUGGGAAGUUCAAGAAAAGGCACGCACUUCCAGAAUACGCGAAGAUAAAAAUGGCUAAUAUGCUUGCAGUAACUGAUGUGUGCCAUGGAGAAAAUACGUCUAGUUAUCCAAGUGCUCUGAAAAUGAGAUCUACAUUUGAAAAUGUGAGCUCUGAAGAGAUGAAUACCAUGGAUGAAAUAAGUGUGAACAUUAAGAAAGAGGACUGUGAUUGGGAAUCUGUGCCCCUUCAGCAGGGGGGUCCUAACAUAAACAAGCAUAAUGAAUGGGACCUAAGGAGCAUUAAAGAAGAGCCAACAUUUGACAUCACUGACAGAGAAAAAACUAUAACUGCAAACAGUGUUAAAGAAGAAAAUAUAAAAUCAGAGUCUGUGUCUCAGCAUGUGUGUCCAGAUAAAGAGGCGACUGGAUUAGGCUUCACACCAAGUAGUCCCCCUGCACUGCAAAAUGAUGAGAUUGCAUCAUAUUCAAGUUCUCCUGAGAAAGAUUUGCAGAGGAGUGGUGAUGUCUCUCCAUCAUCAUUUAUUCAGACCUUCCCUCAUUGCAGAAAACAGCACACACUACAUGAUGGAAAAAUGAAGAUGCUGAAGUCUGGAUCAGAGAGUUUAAUAUCGGCCACUUUACAGGCUACAUAUUCCCCCAGUGUGAAAUUAACAAGGACUGACACAAUAAACAAUGGUCAAGAGGUACAGACGUCAGAUUCAGCAGCUUUGAAUAUAUGUGAAGAUUUGAAGAAAAAUAUUCAAUGCAAGUAUGAAUACAAUGAAGAUCAGAUCAGAAAGACGCCAUACUGCUGUUCUGAAUGUGGAAAACGAUUCUCUGCUAGUAGUCAUCUUCAGAUCCACACAAGAAUUCACACAGGAGAAAAGCCAUAUUGCUGCGCUGACUGUGGCAAACAAUUCUCAACAAAUGGCAAUCUUCAGGCCCACAUAAGAAUUCACACUGGAGAGAAGCCAUAUUCCUGUUCUGAUUGUGGAAAACGAUUCUCGAGGAACAGCAGUCUUCAGACACAUGAAAAAAUUCACAGUGGUAAGAAUCUGCACUGCUGUUCUGAAUGUGGUAAGCAAUUCAUCAACAAUAGUAAUCUUCAGGUUCAUAAAAGAAUUCACACUGGAGACAAGCCGUACUGUUGUUCUGAAUGUGGUAAGCAAUUCUCCAAUAGUACCAGUGUUCAGAUCCACAAAAGAGUUCACACUGGAGAGAAGCCCUAUUGUUGUUCUGAAUGUGGCAGGCAAUUCUCCAGCAGUACCAGUGUUCAGAUCCACAAAAGAAUUCACACUGGAGAGAAGCCAUAUUGUUGUUUGGAAUGCGGCAAACAAUUCUCCAGAAAUAGCAAUCUUCAGACCCACAGAAGAAUUCACACUGGAGAGAAGCCAUAUUGCUGUUCUCAAUGUGGCAAACAGUUUUCCAAGAAUAGCCAUCUUCAGAUCCACACAAGAAUUCACACUGGAGAGAAGCCAUAUUGCUGUUCUCAAUGUGGUAAACAAUUCACCACUAAGACCAGUCUUCAGACCCACACAAGAAUUCACACUGGAGAUAAACCAUAUUCCUGUUCAGAAUGUGGAAAACGAUUCUCCAUGAAGAGCAAUCUUCAGAGUCACAAAAGAAAUCAUAACGGCGAUAAGCCCUAUUGCUGUUCUGAAUGUGGUAAACGAUUCUCCAAGAAGAGCAAUCUUAAGAUACAUAUACGAAAUCAUACUGGUGAGAACCCAUAUUGCUGUUCUGAAUGUGGAAAGCGAUUCUCCUGCAGUAGCAAUCUUCAUAUGCACAAGAGAAUUCACACUGGAGCAAAGCCAUACUGCUGUUCUGAUUGUGGCAAAGGAUUCUCCAGGACCAGCAGUCUUCAUAUACACAAAAGAAUUCACAAUGGUGAUAAGCCAUAUUGCUGUUCUGAGUGCGGCAAACAAUUCUACAGGACUAGCAGUCUUCAUGUGCACAAAAGAAUUCACACUGGAGAGAAACCAUAUUGCUGUUUGAAAUGUGGCAAACGAUUCUCUGAAAAUAGAACUCUUCAGAUGCAUGUAAGAAUUCACAAUGGUAACAGCCCAUAUUGCUGUUCUGAAUGUGGCAAACUAUUUUCCAGCAAUCGCAGUCUUCACACUCACAAAAGAAUUCACACUGGUGAGAAACCAUAUUGCUGUACUGAAUGUGGCAAACGAUUCACUCAGUAUAGCAAUCUUCAAACUCACACAAGAGUACACACUCGAGAAAAGCCUUAUUGUUGUCCUGAAUGUGGCAAACAAUUUGCCAACAAUAGUAAUCUUCAGGUUCAUAAAAGAAUUCACACUGGAGAGAAACCAUUUUGCUGCUCAGAAUGUGGAAAACGAUUCUCUGAAAAUCGAAGUCUUCAGAUACACAUAAAAAUUCACAAUGGUGACAACCCACAUUGCUGUUCUGAAUGUGGUCAGCUAUUCUCCAGCCGUCGCAGUCUUCAGAUUCACAAAAGAAUUCAUGCUGGAGAGAAGCCACAUUGAUGUUCUGAAUGUGAAUCAAUGAUUCCCAUGUUCUGAAUAUGGAUCGUCAGUACCAACAUUCAGAUCCACAAAAGGGUUCACACUGCAGAUAUGCCUUAUUGCUGCUGUGACUGUGGCAGACACUUCUCUGUAAGGAGCAAUUUUUGAAUACAUGGAAAAAUUCAUAGUAAAAAGGCACAAAUGAACUCCAGUACCUUGUGCACAAACAGGCAGCAACACUUGCUAGACAGAAGAUUAUUAAAUAUUGGACUCACAGAAAAUAAACAAAACAAGUGGAAAAGCAUGUAAAUAUAGUGGUCAAUAUGCCAGCUCUGCACUCUUAUCUUGUAUGAAUAAGGAUGGACAAUCACCUAAUCAUAGCUGCACCAGGUUGUUUCAAUGCAUCAAUAGUAAAAAAAAAAAAAAAAAUGGAGAAAUGGGCUGAUGGUGAUUCUACCAGGAGUCAUAGAAAUGAACUUAUCUGGCUGUGAGGUUCUGAUGGAUGAAGGCUUACACACCAAAGACACUACAAAGUUGACAGACUCCAUAUCUUGAAAAUCUGUAGAAAACAGGUUAUUGCACUGAACCAACAUUUGUCAGAUACUGAGGGUGCAUCCUUGGUGCCAGGCAUGUGGGACACACCAAUUCUAAUUGAGUGAAAAAUUCAUGGCUGGAAACCAAAUAUAUUUGUUAAAGAGAAUCAGUCGGACAAAGGCUACAUAAUAAUUAGAAUCAAAGGAUAAUGUGUCAUUGCCAGGUGGCUAUUCAUUUCUGUUAACACAGAGACAAAGUAAAGACCAGGAAAUGGCAAAUAGAGAUAGAUGACAUGUGAAACAGAGUCACCAAAAUUGUGCAAGUGUUGCUGAUUUCCACGGGCCUAAUUUAAAGAAAAUUCCAGGCCCAUCUUGAUGCCCUGGAAAUUACCAUAACACACUAUGAAGUACAACAGAAGGCAUUACUUUGGACAAAACAAGUGAAAAGCUCUCGCUAGAAAUUUAAGAGAAUAGCAGUAAACAACUAAAUAAAAACUAAUGAUUGAGGUUUACUCUUAACUUGACGGUGUGUAAAAUAAACCAGUCUGGAGAAACUAAACACUGAAGGAAGGUAUAUUGCUGUUGUGAAAGGGACAAGCAUUUCACCAGUAGUGGUAGUACUCUACUGUAGAUAGAUACUUUAUUAAUCCCAAGGGGAAAUUCACAUACUCCAGCAGCAGCAUACUGAUAAAAACAAUAUUAAAUUAAAGAGUGAUAAAAAUUCAGGUAUAACAGACAGUUUCCAAAAGGAUUGUAGCACUAAGAACAUUGUAAACCCCAAUCUUAAAAUUGUUUGCAAACUUAUGAACGUUUCUCAAAACUCAUCAAAAUGUAUGUGUGGUUUUAAGUCUUUUGUUAUCUGCCUUGUCCAGGACUAGGGCUGUAUGAUAUUGGAAAAAUAUUUCUGAUAUUUUUGACCAGUAUUGUGAUUGUGAUAUAAAUUGUGAUUUUCUGUUUCUAACUUGUUCCUAAAUGAAAAGAAUCAGAUAAGAGGAUACAGUUGCUACAUAUUUAUAUUUUUUAAAGAUCAUUACUACAAGACUGUUACAAAAAAAAAUUCAAUAAUUACCAGCAACUGGUGAUUGCAUCCCAUUUCUUCCCAGACCAUUCAAAUAUGCGCUUCCAGUAUAUUUGUCACUUUGUAGUUACAGCUUGAGUAUCCCUAAUCUGAAAUUCCAAAAUCCAAAAUGCUCCAAAUUCCUAAAAUGUUUGAGCGCCGAUGUGAUGCCACAAGGGGAAAUUUCCACACCAGGUAUUUGCAUUUUAUAAAACUUUCCUUGUAUUCAGGUGUGAAAAUAUGCCUACACCAAAAAGUGAAUGUGAGUGAUAUACAGUGGUGUGAAAAACUAUUUGCGCCCUUCCUGAUUUCUUAUUCUUUUGCAUGUUUGUCACACAAAAUGUUUCUGAUCAUCAAACACAUUUAACCAUUAGUCAAAUAUAACACAAGUAAACACAAAAUGCAGUUUUUAAAUGAUGGUGUUUAUUAUUUAGGGAGAAAAAAAAUCCAAACCUACAUGGCCCUGUGUGAAAAAGUAAUUGCCCCCUUGUUAAAAAAUAACCUAACUGUGGUGUAUCACACCUGAGUUCAAUUUCCGUAGCCACCCUCAGGCCUGAUUACUGCCACACCUGUUUCAAUCAAGAAAUCACUUAAAUAGGAGCUGCCUGACACAGAGAAGUAGACCAAAAGCACCUCAAAAGCUAGACAUCAUGCCAAGAUCCAAAGAAAUUCAGGAACAAAUGAGAACAGAAGUAAUUGAGAUCUAUCAGUCUGGUAAAGGUUAUAAAGCCAUUUCUAAAGCUUUGGGACUCCAGCGAACCACAGUGAGAGCCAUUAUCCACAAAUGGCAAAAACAUGGAACAGUGGUGAACCUUCCCAGGAGUGGCCGGCCGACCAAAAUUACCCCAAGAGCGCAGAGACGACUCAUCCGAGAGGUCACAAAAGACCGCAGGACAACGUCUAAAGAACUGCAGGCCUCACUUGCCUCAAUUAAGGUCAGUGUUCACGACUCCACCAUAAGAAAGAGACUGGGCAAAAACGGCCUGCAUGGCAGAUUUCCAAGACGCAAACCACUGUUAAGCAAAAAGGACAUUAGGGCUCGUCUCAAUUUUGCUAGGAAACAUCUCAAUGAUUGCCAAGACUUUUGGGAAAAUACCUUGUGGACUGAUGAGUCAAAAGUUGAACUUUUUGGAAGGCAA